AUGACGCAGUGUAAGAUGGCGGUGCAGGUGCAGGUGUGCUGUUUGGACCGGUUUCCGGCUCACCUGAGUCCUCUGGACGUGUUAAUCCUGCAGUCUGAGCUCGGCUCGGUGCUCCGGCAGGACUGCGACCCGCCGACCGUCCUCUUCACCCCGCAGCGGCCGCAGGGCCCCGCAGCACCGGGCCUUCUGCUGCGCGUCCACCCGACCACCGAGGAGGAGACCGGGGGCCGCGGAGGACCGGAGCCCGGGGGCCGCGGGGUCCGGCUCUUCGUCAGCCGCCUCCUCCUGCGGCUCCACGGCAGCACCGGGACGGUCCGGGCUCUGGAGCCGGUGCCGCUGGACAGACUGGUGCUGGGAGCCCGCAGCCGGUGGAGCCUCCGCCGGGCCGAAGCGGAGCGGCUCACCGCGGCGCUGCUGGAGCUCUGCAGCCCGGGACAGUGGCUGCUGGCCCGGCGGGGAGAGCCGCUGCUGCUGCCCCCUCACCCGCCGCUGGGAGAGGACCCGGGACACGAACAGGGACACAAACCAGGACACGAGCCGGAACACGAGCCGGAACACGAACCGGAACACGAUCCGGGACACGAUCCGGGACACGAUCCGGGACACGAACCGGGACACGAACCGGGACAGGUGCAGCAGCUGCUGGCGGACCUGCUGGUUCUGGACUGCAGUCCCGUAACUCAGGGACGGAUCACGGCGGACACGUGUCUGGUGCUCACGGACUGCGGGGACCCGGUGGAGCCGCCGGCCGCCCCCCCGCCCCGCAGACCGCCGUCACUCUGCGUGUCAGACUUCGCUCAUUACGCCGACGGCCUCGGAGGGGGGCGCUCUCUGCUGGACAGCAGGAAGCUGCUGGGCUCGGGGUUCUGCGGCGUCCUGCAGGCUCUGGAGUGCCGGGUGGACGUGCGGGUGGAGGACCCCCGGCGGUGGCUCGGGGUCCGAGGUGGGCGGGGGGACGGCGUGGACGCGGACAGCUGUGUGUUUGUGAGCAAACAGCUGCUGCUCAGACUGGGGCUCUUCAACCAGGAGUGGGUGCAGCUGUGGCGGCCCGCGACGGGUCACGGCGAGGCGUGCACGCCGCGGCCGGUCCGCGUGCUCGUGACCGACUUCAGUCAGAGUCCAGACCUGCAGAACCACGACGAGACCGGAUUCAUAUCAGCAACUCUGUGGUUCAACAUGACAGAGGGAGACCUGAUCCCCCAAAACGGCUGCAGUCUGAGGAUUAAGAGGUGGAGAUCGUCUCCGUCUCCGUCGCCCUCCGCUCGUCACUCUGACAGCUUCUGCCGCUCGGCCUCACCGCCGUUCGCCGGCGAGCUUCACAUCCAGCCGGUCGUGUCUCCGCUUUACACCAACCUGAGCCGCUGUGACGACCUGCUGUCUGCACACUUCAGGACGCCCAGGCUGGUCUCACAGGGGGACGUCCUGACGGUUGCAGCUGAAAAUCAUCCUGACCUGCUGGCGAACGCCUCAGAGGGAACACACAG